GACGUUAACAAGUGCGUCUCGGCUGGAUUUUCACGGCGCUGAAACUUUAAGAACAAAAGUACAGUCCGGAGUCAGUCCACGCACUAGAAGGAGCAUCAUUUAACAAACCUGGAUGUGAUAUUUCGGAGGAGAUAAACAACUUUAUCUCCUGGACCAGAUGGGACAUAUGGGAGUAAGGAUGCCUCACAGGAACCUGCUGCAGGCCUCUUGGCUGUGUUGUCUGCUGGCUGUUCAGGUGCACAGCUGUCCUGGUGCCUGCAGUAAGUGUUCAGGCCCAGAAAAUGACCAGUGUGAGGAAUGCAGAGCAGGAUGGACACUCCAUAAUAACACCUGUGUAGACAUCGAUGAGUGCGGCACCGUGCUGGAGAACUGUCCUCCUGACAGCUACUGCUUCAAUAAAGAAGGCUCCUUUGAGUGCAGAGACUGUGACCAGGCCUGUGUGGGCUGUAUGGGUAGCGGACCAGCACGCUGCAGAAAAUGUGCUUCUGGGUACAAACUGACAGGGUCCAAGUGUUUGGAUAUAGAUGAAUGUAGUGACAGGGUACUUGCCUGCCAUGGCCUCGAUGAGAUUUGUACCAACACAGAUGGCUCUUUCCGUUGUGACUGUGCUGAAGGAUUCAUUCGCCAGAGCAGUGUUUGUGUGAAGAAGCAGCUGCCUAGUGUUCAGGAGAAAGGUCUUUUUGAGGAUAUCCAGGAUGAUGAGGUGGAGGUACUGCAGCAGAUGUUCUUCGGGGUGGUGCUUUGUGCUCUGGCCACACUGGCUGCUAAGGGAGAUUUGGUCUACACAUCUGUAUUCAUGGGAGCAGUGGCAGCCAUGGCAGGGUACUGGCUUUCUGACAGGGGAGACCGUUUGUUAAACAGCUUCCUAAAAGGACGUUAAAGCUCAAAUCUGUUGCCAAAAGGACUUAAACAUUUCAUAUGGCAGUUUCACAAAUGCAUAUGCUACUGUUCAAACAGGUGAAUCUUGUGCAUUCACUUAGUUAAUGAAGUGAAAAUACUCUAUGCUGUGAAAGAAAUUUAUCACUGUCACACUUCUCCUUCUGUUAGAGAAAUUAUCAUAGCAACCUGUUAACAACCAGUGAAACACAAUGAAAAAUAAUGUAAAACACCCUGGGUAUUAUAAUUAUGUUUUAGAACAGAAUUCAAGGUCCACUUACUGGCUUUGACUGGAGCUUUUCAACUGUAUUUCACUGUCUUCCUCAGUCAAUGGAGUUUGCUUUGUUCUCGUGAGACCCGAGCAAAGUCCGUCCACCGAUGAAGACAGUGAGAUGCAGUUGAAAAGUGUUAAAGGUUAAGGUUAGGUUAGUCAUCCUCACAACGUAUGUCUGGAGGGACAAAGAGAAAGAAAAAGACGUUUCGAGAUUCCACUGACUGUCCAGUUUUAACGUUUUCCUCUGAGCUGGAAAUGAGCCGAGAUUAUUUAGUAUGUUUUUUGUUUGUUUGUUUGUUUGUUUGUUUUUCUAAGUAUCUGGCAUUUGGCGCAGCCAAAAUACAAUGUUGCCACUGCAGCUUUAAUUACGAAGAAUUUUCAGCAUGAAUUUAUAUAGUCUGUGUGACUGUUCUUGUAUGUUUUCAUAAAGCAUGUAGUAUACAGUAUUUGCCUCUUAUACUAUAUUAAUCACAAUGUAUUUGUACUAAAGCUGUGACAUGAUGUAGAAAGAUUUUUAAUGUCGAAACCCCUUUCUCAAUGUGCACAUUUAUAUAUAUUUCUUAAGAAUAUAAACGCUGAAAUAAAUACUGUAUGCCCUGUGGUAACAGACUU